CCCCGUGCGCCCAGGAUGCCCCGCGGGGACUCGGAGCAGGUGCGCUACUGCGCGCGCUUCUCCUACCUCUGGCUCAAGUUCUCUCUCGUCAUUUACUCCACAGUGUUCUGGCUGAUUGGGACCCUGGUCCUGUCGGUGGGGAUCUACGCGGAGGUUGAGCGGCAGAAAUACAAAACCCUUGAAAGUGCCUUCCUGGCCCCGGCCAUCAUCCUCAUUCUCCUGGGGGUCACCAUGUUUGUCGUUUCCUUCAUCGGCGUGCUGGCCUCCCUUCGCGACAACCUGAGCCUUCUUCAAGUGUUUAUGUACAUCCUUGGGAUUUGCCUCAUAAUUGAACUCAUUGGUGGCGUGGUGGCCUUGAUCUUCCGGAACCAGACUAUCGACUUUCUGAAUAACAACAUUCGAAGAGGAAUCAAGAACUACUAUGAUGACCUGGACUUCAAAAACAUCAUGGACUUUGUUCAGAAGAAGUUCAAGUGCUGUGGCGGGGAAGACUACCAAGAUUGGAGCAAAAACCAGUACCACGACUGCAACGCCCCCGGACCCCUGGCCUGCGGGGUGCCCUAUACUUGCUGCAUCAGAAACACGACACAAGUUGAUGUCGUCAACACCAUGUGUGGCUACAGAACUAUUGACAAGGAGCGCCUCGUCGUGCAGAACAUCAUCUACGUGCGGGGCUGCACCAACGCUGUGCUCAUCUGGUUCAUGGACAACUACACCAUUAUGGCCGGCCUCCUGCUGGGCAUCCUGCUCCCCCAGUUCCUGGGGGUGCUGCUGACGUUCCUGUACAUCACCCGGGUGGAAGACAUCAUCACGGAGUGCUCGUUCACUGACGGGCUCCUGGGGCCUGGCGCCAAGCCCAGCAUGGAGGCGGCAGGCACUGGAUGCUGCAUGUGCUACCCCAGUUAGGGCUGGCCCGGCAGCGGCUUCAGCAGGACUGUGCCAGCAGAGGGCCUCAUUGUGGGGGCUGGGUGGGACAGUGGUCUUUCCCUCCAGUUGGCACUGACCAAAGCCCAGGCUAUUUGUUCUGGUGGCCAGCUCAGGCCUCCCAUGGCCACUGCCUCUCUGAAGGACAGAGCCUGAGGCCCUCCCCAGCCCGGGUUCUGUGUCUGCUCACAGUGCUGGGCAUGGGGAACAGGAGGCCCUUCCCCAAGCCUGGGCCACUGGGGAAGCAGGAGCUCCGUGCCCAGCUCAGGGCUUCUUCAUUUCUGGCAGUGCCUUGGCCUCUGAUGUUUAUGCCCCUCUGGGCUGUUUUUCAGUGAUUUGUAAAUGGAGAGAGAGGAGACCAGGUGUACCCUGUGGUGAAAGAGGGAAGGGUGCAGACCCUAAGUCCCCAGCCCCUCGGGCAUGCCCCAGGGGCAAGGGUGGGCCUGUUUCUCAGCCUCCAGGUGCCUUGAGCCCUCUCCAAGGGCUGCUGCUUUGCUUGACCCUGUUUUUUACAUGAUUUUGCAACAUUCAUUUUGUACAGUUAACAGGAGUUUCUGACUGAUCAAAGCUGGGUGUUUCCAUGCACUCCACUCUUGCCUCUCGAAGCCAGUUUAUUACUCAAACAAUAAAGACUUGAUUUUUC